CAUGUUCCAAAGUCCAAAUUAAAACAAACUAGAUCGGGCCAAAGCCAGUAUUAUACAUUUGGCGACUAAAAUCGAGAAAAAAUGGAGGGAGAUGGAAGAAGCAAAGCAUCAAUUGCGUCAAAUCCCAGUUUCAAAUCAUCUGCAAUUUCCCAAGAUCGUCUCGCCAAAUUUCGAGAAUUACAAAGAAGACGCUUGCAAAUUCAAACAAAGUCUAAGAACAAAAGAAAGUGUAAAGAUUGCAGAUAAGAAAGAUAAAUUUGUAAGCGAGGAUUUUGAUACACAAGGGUCUGUGGAUGACCAUGUAGAUGAGUAUGAGGGAUUGAAAGAUUCAGGUGUUAAAUGUAGUCCAAAAGGUGAGGAUGAUAACAAGGUCUUGUCAUCAACUUCUCGUGGUGAUGUGCAUCCUGCGUUGAAGAAGAAGAAGUUGCACUGGGGGUUAGACGCCAAAGAACGAUGGGAAAGAAAGGCCAACAUGUAGAAUUUACGGAGUUACUCAAAUGGAUAAGAAGCAUAUCAAUUCUGGUCUCAGCAUGGCAGAUUCUAAGCAUUUUAAUUGUUCAUGUUCUACAGCUUAGUUGGGGAUGAUCCUGCAGUCUGCAUUUGUCGAUGACUACUGGGAUUACUCUGGAUGAAUUAGGAUAGAGCACUUGCAAAUACUCUUUAGUCUUUGCUAGUGAUUACUCACCAGUAGUCUAGAGUGGGACGGAACUGUUAUGCAUCAAGGGAAGGGGUUUGUUCUUUGUAGUGGCUGUGUAGCAGUGUAGGUUAUGGAGAGGAGCAAAGAGCUUUUGUAUAUCCUAGUUAAGGAUGAAUAGGUUGUAGCACUGGCAAAUCAUUUGUAGAAUCAAUUUGUUAUUACAACGUAUUAUUAUUUGUUGAAUCAAUUUUCUCCUAUUUCUGAGCUGA